CGGGAAGGGGAAGGGGCACGAGCGCAUUGCGUAGUGGCUUUGACAUGUGCUGAUCUCAUCAUACCCUUCCUCGGUGUUAAUCUGGGCGGAUGCUUUCUCCGCGCGCCGUAAAACCAAUACACUCUCGACUUUGCGCCAAACCACAUCACAGCUAUGGGUGAAGAUUACCCUCCAGUCCAGGGCGGAGGGUCUCUCAUUCUUGCCUGGCAGGUCCGGGGCAAGAGAGUGCUUGUCGUGGGCGGCGGCGAGGUUGCAGCCGGCCGUAUCCUGAACGUCUUGAACGCCGACGCCAAAGUCACCGUCGUCUCUCCUUCCUCCGGCCUUAACGAUGAAGUUGCCUACCGUAUCGCCAACAAGCAGGUCGACUAUGUCGACCGGAAAUUCGAGCCCUCGGACCUCGAUGGCGUAGACAUGGUUCUAACGGCGGUCGACGACCCGGAGGCUUCUUCACAGGUUUACAAGCUCUGCAAGGAGAAAAGAAUACCAGCAAACAUUGCCGAUGUCCCCCCGGAAUGCGAUUUCUAUUUCGGCAGUGUACACAGAGAUGGCCCGCUACAGAUCAUGGUUAGCACGAACGGCAAUGGGCCUAAGCUAGCGAACAUUGUGCGCAGGCAGAUUGCAGCCAAUCUCCCCGAUAAUAUCGGGGCUGCUAUCCAGAAGGUCGGCUCACUGAGACGGAAGUUACGCAAAGUCGCUCCGGGUCCUGAAGAAGGACCAAAGCGGAUGCAAUGGAUGUCCAAGGUAUGCGAGAGCUGGAGCCUUGAAGAGUUAUGUGAAAUGGAUGACGAUGACAUGGAAGCACUUUUGGGCUUCUAUAAGCCAAACAAAGUCCCAAGCUAUGAAAAAAUUCGGCUAGGCGAAGAGCCGGGGAUUGUUGGCUUUGACGGAGCGUUUGGUUGGUGGUGAUGUCCAGAAUGUUUACAAAAAAUAUGAAGAAUGCUUGUGCCCACUAAACUAUGUGACAACGGACCAAGGCUUUCGGGGCUAGGACAAAAAGUAUGGCGUUUUUAUAGGAUGUGUUAUUGUUGUCUUUCGUAAAAGCGAGAUAAACAAUCAGAUAUCUUUUGUCCUCAAUAAUUAUACGCCAAGAUCCCCGCU